AUGUAUCGGUUCAACAGGAAGUCAUGCCAAAGCAUGGCCUUGAUGCUCCAUUGGCCAAUAUUACUGACAGCUAUGGGCGGUCGGGAUGUAUCCCACCUCGAAUCGUUGUCUUUGGCAGAACCUCUUGAUCCGGCACUUAGUCAGCCCUCCGUCAACACACUAUUCGACAAGCUAAGCCUGGGAUCGUCGACUACAUCCACUAUGAAUAUCCCUGCCAGCUCUACUGAGCAUAUGCCGCCGAUUGCGAACAUGCCCGGUGGAUAUGACGAGGAUUCCAAGCCCAUAUUACGGCCCAUCUCAGAGACAAAACAAGGAUCAGGAAGGUCUUCGGAAUCCUUUCAAGAUUCUCCAAGUAGUACAUUCGACUCACUUAUUCAGGAACCACUUCAUGCUCAACACGCGAGUUAUCUAUCAAAAUUUGAACGAUUGUCGAUUCAUCCCGAUGAAUACAGUGACAUACACUCCGCUCCUCUUUCUAAACACCAUGGUGCCUCGUUAGAAAAAUCCACAAGUGGCCUUCUUGACAGUGAAGCUCGCCCAAUUUCGAAAAAUGAACAAAAUGACAUGCCGACCUCUCAGAAUACAAAGUUGCCUUUCCAAGCUGCGUGGGUGACUGCUCCAAGAUCAGGACGGGAACGUCUCAAGCGCCCAAGUCCGACUUCUCAAGUCGACCUACGACCUUCCAAGCGACCGACUCAUCAUGAUCCUUCUUUAUUUGAUGGGGAUGACGAAUCCGUCAGACAGGUCAAAAACAAAUCUCCUCAAAAAAAGUUUGAUUUGGACUUGAUGGAUCACAAAUCAUUUUUGCCUUACGCAUCAAUAGAUGCAUACCAGCCUCGUAUCAAUCGAAUCAUGAGCUCAAUAUCGGAACGAAACAAGUUUACAAAAAAAUUUCCAAUCUCCAGACUGCAAAAUCUUUGGGAUGAUUAUAUAAUUAUGAUCGCCAUGUGUUCUAAACUCGUUUCUUCAGAUGGUAAACAUACAAACAUAGAUUCAGAUCUUCGUGAUGCCAUUAACUGGAUGUUGGAAAAUUGGUCAACAAUUCCACAGAAAGGUUCCCGGCGUCCUGAUUUUGUAUACCACGACACCGCACGCUGGCUGUCUCUUCGACAAUAUAGCCGCGCCCGCGAAAGCCUCGCCGCAAAAUUCAUAGUACGAUUUGUGGGCGAUGAGCGACAUGCCUGGAUCGAACCUCUAAAUCGACUUACUGAUGGAUCUUGGGAAACAACGUUAGUACGUUCCUUGGAAAGGGCACGAGACGAUUCAGAAAUAGACAGAGCUGUGGGGGCUAGAUGGCGCGCUCGACCAGCCGACAGAAGGUGA